AUGGCAGACGCCAGGAUCCUGUUCCCGGCAGAUAACGUCGUCGUCGAUGCCUCUUCCAAGCAGCACCACCACUUAGGACUCUGGCCACCGCCGUCCAACGACGAAAAAGACCCGUUGCGCUGGCCGCGAUGGAUUAAGAUUCUUGCCCUGAUCUCGGUCGCAUUCUUCAACUUUGUGGCAAACUUUGCCGGCGCUGGUCUUUCCGUCGCAGCUGUUCUCUUCGAGAUGCAGUUCCAAAAGACGGCCCAAGAGGUCAAUUCCUUGAUGACUUUCAACUUCCUUCUACUCGGAAUAGGCAACAUGAUCUGGGUCCCUUUCUCAGUCAAGUAUGGCAAACGACCCGUUCUGCUCAUCUCAAUGGGUAUGCUGUUCGCAGUUCUUGUUUGGACAGCAAAGGCAAAGACAUUUGGACAAAUCCUUGCCGCUCGGUGUCUUUCUGGAUUUGUUUCGGCAGCUGGCGAAAGCAUUGUGCCCGGAGUUAUAUCGGACAUGUUCUAUCUUCACGAAAGAGGAGCCAUGAUGUCCAUAUAUGUAGUUCUCAUCUCUUGCGGUUCAGCGGUCGGCCCGUUGAUUGCUGGAUUCAUGGUUGAAAGCAGCCCUGGGACGUGGCGAGACUUUGUCUGGGUCUGCGCUGCCAUUGCCGGAUUUGAUUUCGUCGCCAUUUUUCUCUUCUACCCAGAAUCAUCAUUCGUUCGCCCACCGCUACCCGACUCUCCACCCUCAGGUUCGAACCGAGACGAAAGCAGCACCCCUAAAGAGGAACUCGACAGUGCAUCGAAUGUUGCCCCUCAUUCCGAGCAUCAUGAAAGCGAGCAGGGUGGUAAUGGCGUCGUUGCCAUCUCACUGCCAAAAGUCUGGACGACUUUCAUCCAUUACAACCCCAACAUCAGUCUUCCAAGGGCAUUCGCGCUACCUUUCGUCUUCUUGGGCUGUCUUCCGGUGCUAUGGACAAUUCUUGUGUACGGCAGCGCGCUUGCAUCACAAGUCAUUCUUAUCUUUGCUUUCCCAUCUCUUCUUCUUGCUCCGCCUUACCUGUUUGCUUCCAGCAGCGUGGGACUUAUGCAGAUCGCAGCCAUCAUUGGCUUUGUUGUUGCUUGCUACGGUGGCGGCUAUAUCUGCGAUGUGAUAACUGCUCGGUGCAUUGUGCGGAAUCGUGGCGUCUUUGUCCCUGAGCAACGUCUUGUAUCCCUCAGUCCUGGCUGUCUUGUCGCACCAAUCGGCUGCAUCAUCGUUGCCUUUGCCUGUGAUAAAUCGCUCCACUGGGCAGUAAUUGCGGUUGGAUUUGGAAUGGUUUCCUUCGGCACCGUUUACGCUCCCAACGUCGCAAUGACAUAUCUACUCGACUCCUACCCUGUCUUUGCGCAAGAGAUCCUCGUUGCCAUAAAUGUCACCAAGAAUCUCGUUGCAUUUCUGUUUCUCUACGUUGCAGUUGACUGGAUCAAUUCUCAGGGUUGGAUCCAGGUCUAUAUGAUCAUGUUUAUGGUGGUUAGCCUGUCUAUGUUGUUGGCGAUUCCGAUCUAUCUUUAUGGGCGCAAGGCUCGGGAGGCAUAUCAAAAGCCGCGUACUAAAGCCGUAUCAAGCUCGGUUGCCCGUACGCCCCGGAAAUUCUGUUUCAAGAUGACUGUUUUGGAACAUCAAACCGCAUCUAACAUGUCGAAUCCUCACAUCCAAAAUCGCUCAAAAACACUUGCCGAAAAUGUCAACAUCCCACUCUUAAUUGAUGGAUUGCCGGUCUUCAAAGCAUCGGCAGCCAGAACGCAAAAAAUAUCACCGACUGGCUUCUUUCAAGGUGCCGAUAUCUCAGAUUGCUCCAAGGCUAUCGAGAGCUGUAGCAAUGCCUUUGGUAGUUGGUCGCAGUCAUCUCCCUUGGAGCGGCGGCGUCUGUUUCUCAAGCUAGCUCAUCUGCUCCUUCAGCACAAAGAUGAGGCCAUGAGAAUUAUACAAACUGAAAUCCAUUGCUCGGAAGAGUGGGCGGCUGGAAAUGUCUCCGAUAGCAUUGCCAUGAUCGAAGAAACUGCGUCGCUCAUCACAUCAAGUUCAAUGAACGGAUCUAUCCCCCACACAGAUGGAAAGGAUUCUUACGGAUUUGUCUUCAACCGUCCGCUGGGGGUAGUUCUUGGCAUUGCACCCUGGAAUGGCCCGCUUAUACUAGGAUUCCGAGCUGUACUGGCUCCAAUUGCAACCGGAAAUACGGCCGUUCUUAAAGGCUCCGAAUUGAGCCCCAGAACCCAUCAUUUCAUUGCUCAACUCUUCGUCGACGCCGGAUUUCCGUCUGGAGUUGUAAAUCUUAUUCUACACCGACCAGAGGAUGCGGCUGAAGUUGUUGGGGCAUUGAUCAAACACCCGGCAAUCCGGAAGGUCAACUUCACCGGCUCGACGACCGUGGGGCGGAUUAUCGCGCAAAUGGCUGGGCAAGCACUCAAGCCAGGAGGGCAAAUCUGCAUGUCUACAGACCUUGCAAUUGUAUCCCGGGAAGUCGCAGAUGAUUUCAAGUACCAGCUGCAGCAAGCCCUCCGCAAGAGACUUGACACAUCAUACAAACUGAUAUCCCCUAAAAGCGCGGCGAGGUGGCAUAGCCUGACUUCGGACGCGACAGGCAAAGGCGCAGAAGUCACGUCUUCGUCUAACAGCUCUGACAGCCACCCUAGCAAUCAAGUUGUCCCUAUUUCACUCAUCACAGAUGUUAACCCAUCGAUGGAAUUCUUUUCAGUCGAGUCUUUCGGGCCGAUGGUUGGUGUGGUUGUUGUUUCGGAUGAGGAGGAAGCUAUUCAGACGGCGAACACAAGCGAGUACGGUCUUUCAGCUGCUAUUUGGACCCGAGACCACUAUCACGCUCUGGAGUUGGCCAGAAAGCUUGAAGUUGGCGCAGUGCAUAUCAAUGGCUCGACUGUCCACGAUGAGUCAACGCUACCACAUGGUGGCAAUAAAGCAAGUGGAUUUGGACGGUUUGGUGCUGAAUGGGGGCUUCGGGAGUUUCUGCAGACACAGACAGUUAUUCUAAACCCAUAG